AUGGCUACCAUCAAUAUCCGUCGGGAUGUUACCGAUCCCUUCUAUCGCUACAAGAUGGAGCGCUUGCAGUCCAAGAUUGAAGGCAAAGGCAACGGCAUCAAAACUGUUGUUGCCAACCUUCCUAGCGUCUCGGCUUCUCUGGCCCGUCCUCCUGCCUACAUCAUCAAAUAUUUCGGCUUCGAGCUCGGUGCCCAGACCAACACCAAUCCGAAAGAUGAUCGCUGGAUAAUCAAUGGGGCCCAUGAGGCCGGCAAAUUGCAAGACUCGUUGGACGGCUUCAUCUCUAGAUUCGUCCUCUGCAAGUCAUGCAAGAAUCCCGAGACCGAGAUCAAUAUCAAGGACGGACGCAUUUUGUUGGACUGCAAAGCCUGUGGUCAACGUACUCAGGUUGACAUACGCCACAAGUUGAGUGGAUUCAUCCUCAAGAACGAACCAAAAGGUGGAAAGAAAGGCGCAAAGAAGGAAAAGAUGUCCCGCCGCGACCGAGCCAAAGCUGAGGCCCAGGAGAACGGCUCCAUGAACGGUGGUAGCCCCCACGACUCCAACUCCGACAAGGGCGACAUCGAUGAUGGAGACGUGGAGCUCGCAGCCGGCAGCGACGACGAGUUCACCAAACAGAUCAAUGCUGAUGCCAAGGGCAUUGAGGUCAACACCAACGGAGAGCCCAAGGAUGAGGAAUGGGCAGUCGACACUUCCGCUGAAGCUGUGGCUGCUCGUGCCAAAGAACUUCCAACCGAGUUGAAGCGAUCUCUUGCCUUCGACGAGGAGGACGACGGGGAAGAAAAUGGUGCCAACGCAUACGAUCAACUCGGAUCCUGGGUUAUUGACGAGGCGAAAGCCAAGGGUGCAGUGAGCAAGGUCGAUGAUCUUGAGAUCUACAAAAAGGCCAAAGAGUUGGGGAUUGAGAACAAGCACAAGACCCUUACUGUUCUCGCUCAGACAAUAUUCGACGAGAACAUUGUCAAACAAAUUCCUCAGCGAUCUAGCAUGCUCAAAACCAUGAUUGGAGACUCUGAGAAGCAUAUGAAGGCUUUCCUUGGCGGCACCGAGCGCUUCGUCGGCAAUGACCACCCCGCCCUGAUUCCUCAAGUGCCCGCUAUCCUGCUGAGCUACUACCAAAACGACCUUUUGAGCGAAGAGGUCGCUAAGGCUUGGGGUCAAAAAGCCAGCAAGAAAUACGUCGACAUCAGCACCAGCCGCAAGGUGCGUCAAGCAGCCGAGAAGUUCUUGCAGUGGCUCGAUGAGGCGGAGAGCGACGAAGAGAGCGACGAGGAGUAG